GAACUUCCACGUGACCAUAGCGCGGCCAUGAAACUCCGACAAUUCCCUAUCCCAGAAUACAGGUCUGCAUCCGCCAUUUGCCAUUCCAAGAACCUCCAUCUGCAACCCUUCAAUCCCUCAAAAUGUCAGCCCCUUGGAAAGCUGCCGGUUUGACCUACAACCGCUAUCUUGCCGUUGCUGCCCGCACCGUCCGCCGGUCCCUGAAGGAUGGUCCUCGUCUUGCCGCUGAGCGUCGCGGUGUGACCGAUCUCAAGUUUGCCAAGUGGGAGAACGGAAAACAGGGUGAACCUAAGCAGGUUGGCGCUGCCAACGCCGAAGCCUUCGCCGCUCAAGCCGAAAAAUAAAUGACGCGAAACAUCGAAUCGGAGAAAAACAGACGCAUGAAAUGGUGAUAUCCCGGAUCCGAAGCAGUUCGCUUGGUGCUGGAGGGGGGAAGCGGAUUGUACAUUCUGUAGCAAUACUUGGUCUUUGACUAUCCAACGAAACAAUAGAACAUUUCUUCCAUUUGUGGGAAAAUAUUUUAUACCACCAGUAAUCGUCUUUUGAUUGACGUAUAAAUUCCAGUAUAAUUGGUG